GAAAAUGUAGAGUCUUACAUCCGUUUCUAUAAUUUGAUGAACCUCACAUCUAUAAAUGUAAUGUGGUUUUCUGACGGUGGUGGCUGUAGCUGUUUCUUUUUCCUAUUUCUGUUAACUUUUCCGGCACUCUUCAUUUUUCCGGAGUUGGUCGAGUUGAAGUGCGAGGUCCCCUAAAUUAGAAAAAGCAUCUGCAUUCUGCACCAACGUGUUAUUCUUAAAAAUGCGAAAACACACCCUAUUUCCUCAGAAUUUUCCGCACAAGUGGGAGCGUUUUGUGUGGGAAUUGACUCGCAGGUAGUGUUGUCGUGAAUUGUUGGCUGAGCGAGCUCCUUUGCAAUCAUGAGUUUUGUCUUCCGAGGGAGUAGGGGAGAUAUUGAAAGUGGAUUUUCAGAAUAUGUUCCUGAAAGAACCUUGAUGAGGGUUCAUCCAGCUCGCCCAGUUAAUGGCAAUUCUUUAGCUUUUCUUAUCACAGUUAUUUUGAUAUUCAUGAUAUUAAACUCCCCUCAAAUGCUACAUCAUUUUUUGCUCUGGGUUGUACUGGCUAUCUUUGUGAUGGCUACAAGUCUGAGGAUGUAUGCAACUUGUCAACAACUUCAGGCACAGGCUAGGGCUCAUGCUGCAGCAGCCUCUGGGUUGCUUGGCCAUACUGAACUCCGUCUUCACAUGCCACCAUCGAUUGCAAUUGCAACCAGAGGAAGACUGCAGGGACUUAGACUUCAGCUUGCACUUCUUGACCGUGAAUUUGAUGAGCUAGAUUAUGAUACUUUGAGAGCUCUUGACACUGAUACUGCUCCUAGUACCCAUUCAAUGACUGAGGAAGAGAUAAAUGCCUUGCCUAUUCACACAUAUAAAAUUCCAGUCCCACCAAAGGAUGGCUCAGCCGGUCUGGCAUCCUCUUCAGGUGCAGCUGAGAUUAAACAAGAAUCUGGAGGAACAGAGGCAGGUAUCAGAGGCUCAGAAGAUGAGCUGACAUGUACUAUAUGCUUGGACCAAGUCAAGAGGGGGGAGCUUGUUCGUAGCUUACCAUGCUUGCAUCAGUUUCAUGCUAACUGCAUUGAUCCUUGGCUCCAGCAACAAGGGACAUGUCCUGUGUGCAAAUUAAGGAUAGGGUCGGGAAGUGGGGGAACCAGGGAGAGCGAAUCCGAUGGUUCAGAUAUUGCGUAAUCUGAUGGUUUAGAUAUGGCUGUAAAAUGCAUAAUGUGAUGCCUUGAAGUGUAUCUUCAUGGAAACAAGUAUAUAUAUAUAUAUAUAUAUAUAUAUAUAUAUAUAUAUAUAUAUAUAUAUAUAUAUAUAUAUAUAUAUGUAUAUUAUUCUGUAUUGGCGUAUAUAAUGAGCUUGGCAUGUGUAUAUGAUUGUAUUCUAGUUCAUGUUUACUUAUCCCGAUAAUUCUUACCGAGACAUGUGUAUCUCUUGAUAUAUAAAUAAGCAUUAAAAUGUUAUAAUGUGGGAA